UCUGCGCGGCGGGCAGACCGGUUUGUGGUUAGUUUCCUCUUUACCUUCAUCACACAGAGCAGCAGGGGUGCUCUGUGCACAAAGGUGCAUUGUUUUUAAAAAAAAAAAAAAAAAAUCAAAGGGAGCACCCUCUGUGACAAGCUCGCAGCUGGACGCGCUCCAGAGGGAGGAGGGUGGAGGUCCGCUUCGCGUUGAGGCAUCCAAAACUCUUCUGUCGCAAGUUCCACUUUUUCUUUCUUUUUAAAUUUUUUUUCUUAGUCGCCUUUUGUUGUUUGUCGCACCAUGUGACCGCCACGCUCAAGUUCAACCGCGGGAUCCAUCAGUGUAUGAGCCUGACUGUGCAGAGAAAUGGCAAACCGUGAGCGGAACAAAAAGAUUUUACUGGAACUGGUGAAACAGUCAGACAACAGCCGGUGCGCUGACUGCGGCGAGCCCGAACCGGACUGGGCCUCCUACAAGUUGGGAAUUUUUGUGUGUCUGAACUGCUCCGGGAUCCACCGCAGCCUGUCCAGCCAUGUCAAAUCUAUCAGGCUGGACUUCUGGGAGGACAAACUAGUAGAGUUCAUGGAAUCCAAUGGCAAUGCCAGGGCCCAGGCUCAAUAUGAGAAAGCUGUUCCACCGUACUACUAUCGACCCCAGCGGGAAGACUGCAAUAUCCUCAGGGAGCAGUGGAUCCGUGCUAAAUACGAGAGGAAGGAGUUCACAGGAGAGACCAAGUAUCCACCGCUGCCAUACACCACAGGGUUCUAUGAAGGAAUACUGUUGAAGAAAGGCAAAGACAACACACAGUUUCUGAAGAGAAAGUUCGUGCUGUCGGAGAGAGAAUUCACCCUGAGCUACUACAACAAAGAAGAUGAGACUAAAGGCCCCAAAGCUGUAAUAUCCAUCAAGGACCUGAACGCCACCUUUCAGCCAGAGAAGAUCGGCCAUCCUAACGGACUGCAGAUCACCUACCAAGACGGGGAUCACACCAGGAACCUCUACGUUUAUCAUGAGCGUUCUGAAGAAAUAGUCACAUGGUACAACGCGAUUCGAGCCGCUCGCUAUGCGUACUUGAAGACGGCCUACCCGACAGGAAGCGAUGAAGAACUGUUACCAAUGAUAACAAGAAACUACCUCAAAGAGGGUUACAUGGAAAAGACGGGGCCUACGCAAACAGAGUCAUUCAAAAGGAGGUGGUUCAUUUUAGACUCUCAAAACAGGAAGUUGCUCUACUUCAAAGGCCAUCUGGAUGCAGAGGAGCUAGGGGCCAUUUUUAUCGGCACAGAGUGCAAAGGUUACUCGGUUAAGGAGUGUGUCCCGCUGAACGCCCGGGGAAACAAGUGGAAGUGCGGAUUGAUGGUGGAAACGCCCGAGCGACAGUUCGUCUUCAUGUGCGAGCAGGAGAGGGACCAGAGGGAGUGGCUGGAAGCGCUCAGGAAGGUUUUGUCCAGACCCAUGUCACCCCAGGAUUAUACCACUGAAGCCGUCAUGAAGUAUAAGCGAUGAUCGAUGAAGCUGCGAGCGAGAGAACAGACCUGCUGUCGGCUGCACUGACUCUCAGUACUGACUGAUUCAUGCUGUGCAGAGCAUUAAAGGGCUUCAGUACGCUCACUUCAACUGACACUGUUUCUAAUGCUAAAAUAAGGCCUCACAUGUGUUUAUCAUUAUACAUAAAAUGCAUUCUGCUGUUAAACACCUGAUCAGCAUUGAUAUAUCACUGGGUACACCCAUGCUGUAUAUGAAUGUAUUUCUAAAUUUUAAUAAAUUUAUUUUGGAUAUUUAACGAGUGGAUACAUUUAUAUUUGAAAGUGAAGAUGCUACAUGACACUAUGGCCACAAAAUAAAUGUC